AUGGCCUUCGCAGUACGGGGAAAGAUGACGUCCCCCUUCCAAAGAACUGCGAAAUAUGCGUCUAAGGUACUGCACAAUCCAAUAUCAGUGCCCUCCUCCUCCCUUCCCUACCGUGCUGUAUCCCACUAUGUCACCACUUCACCGCCUCAAACAACAGACCAUAUUCAGACCAAAUUGCCAGCAGACGGAGCCAAGAAUGCCAAUCGAUUCCGUGAAUUCAACCUCGAAGAUCGCGUCAUUGCCGUGACGGGGGGUGGCCGAGGGCUAGGGCUGGCUAUGGCAGAGGCUCUGAUGGAAGCUGGAGCCAACGUAUGGUGUCUCGACCGUCUUGAAAAGCCCGACGCAGAAUUCGAAGCUGCGCGAGAACGCGCAAAAAGCGAUUACGGAGGCCGGCUGACCUACGCCCGGAUUGACGUGCGCGACGAAACGCACAUCAACAGCAUACUGGCAGACAUCGCGUCCGAGAAGAAGCGUCUGGAUGGCAUCAUCUGUAACGCCGGCAUUAACCACGUGCACCCGGCCAUCGGCCAUUCGCAGGAAGCACUCAAGGAGGUCAUGUCGAUCAACUACAAUGGGGUCUUCAACUCGGCCACGGCGGCGGCAAAGCAGAUGUUGCAGCACAAAUGUGCGGGUUCUAUUCUUCUCGUGGCUAGUAUGAGCGGUAUGAUCGCGAAUAAGGGCAUGUCGUCGCCUGUUUAUAAUUCCUCCAAGGCUGCUGUGAUUCAGUUGGGGAAAUGUCUGGCUAUGGAAUGGGGCCGCCACAGAAUUCGUGUUAAUAGUCUUUGUCCCGGCCAUAUUAUGACGCCCAUGGUUGAGAUGGUGUUUGAGAAGAAUCCUGCUGCUCGCGCUAUAUGGGAGUCGGAGAAUAUGCUGGGCAGGCUUGCGCAGCCAGAAGAGUUCAGGGGCGCGGCGCUGUUUGCGCUCAGUGAUGCGAGCACUUUCAUGACGGGCAGUAAUCUUGUCAUUGAUGGUGGACAUACUGCUUGGUAA